AUGAUAUUUCUGCUCAAAAAUAGCUCCUUCAGUACCAUAUGGCUCCCAAUCUACACUCUAAACGACUCCUGUUACACCAGAUAUUUCUAUCGGGGGCUUUUGCUCGCCGAGCUUCUUUUAUCGAUUUUAGCGCUCAUCUACUCUGUAAUUUCUGGCUAUAUAAUUCUCACCACAAAAGCUUUUCACACCAAUUUCAACACGCUUUUGGCAAUAAUAGUUUUAAGUUGGAAGUUUUCGAUAAUUGGGAAAAUAUUUCUAAUUCCAUAUUCCACUGGCAUUUUCCAAAUUGAAACCGGAAAUCUGAAUAGUCAUUGGUGGACUGAUGACGUCACAGAAAUGAUUACAGUCUAUGGGUCAUUGCCUCGUGGUAUUUUGGUUGGCGGAGUUGCCACGUGGUAUUAUAUGAUUCUUAUGUCAACUUGUUUAUUUAUACUGUCAUUGGAGCGCACUUUCGCAUCGAUUUUUAUCAAAAACUAUGAGAAUACUCGGAGGCUUUAUCUACUAUUUCUAAUUAUUUUGUUUCAACAAUUUAUGGUCCUGAGCAUUGUCUACCUGCUCACAUAUAACUUGAUGAAAUUCAUAAAUGUUCUCAUAUUCCUAAUUGCUAUGAAUUUCCUCCCGAUGCUCAUUUUUCUUGGAAAUCGGUGGUUUAACUUGAAAAUUGUCAACGAGUUUUUGGAGAGACCCGAGGAGGCUGUGAGGAAUUACACGUUGCCUGUUAGGUUUCAGGCAAAGGAGAAUUUGAGGGUUUUUAAUCUAACCGUCCGAGUAACUGUUGUGGGCUUCAUCGCAAUAUUAUUCGCUUUGUUAUGUAUUAUUACACUAACUUUGGAGUGGGUUCCGUCUUUGGACACUUUCCUGAUUUAUUGCUUCGAAAAUAUUGUUCAUUUAAACCCCCUAGUCAUCUGCCCGGUGCUCAUUCUCUCUGUGAGCACUUGGAGCAAGUCCCUGCUCUCCACCCGGCUUCCAUUGCUCCACAAGCUAACAAGAAUCGCCCUUCAACAGCCACAAUUAACCAAAAAUGCUCCUACUCAACAGCAGGAGACCGAUACGUAUUUCUCACAGCUGCAAAACGUCUGGGAGCAGAAGCCUAUUGUUUCUUGA